AUGAGUUCUUUCUUUCGAAGCGAGGAGAUGUGCCUGGCACAACUAUUCUUCCAAACCGAGUCAGCCCACUACUGCAUCAACGAGCUUGGCCAUCUAGGACUUGUACAAUUCAAAGAUUUAAACCCUGGUACCGUGGCCUUUCAGAAGAAGUUUGUGAAUGAGGUGAAGAAAUGUGAAGAGAUGGAGAGAAUUGUUUGUUUCCUGGAGAAGGAGAUAGUGAAGACCAACAUUGUUAUCCCUGUAAGCUGUAAAACUGAGACAGUGCCCUGCCCCAGGGAUGUACUGGAGCUGGAGUCAACCUUUGAGAAGCUUGAUCAAGAGCUGAAGGAGAUCAACUCCAACUGUGAGGCCCUCAAACAGAACUUCACACAGCUGAUGGAAAUGAACUAUCUGUUGCACAUGACCGAAGACUUUUUUGAAGAGGCCGAAUCACAGCUGUCAUUCUCUGAGCUUGCCUCUGAGGACUCUGUGUCCAUGGUUGCCUCAUCUUGUGUGACCAGCCGCCGAACAAGCAAUGUCAGCGCCUGCAACAGUGGGCCCUUAAAACUGGGGUUUGUGGCAGGAGUCAUCAAGCAGGAGCGUUUUCCUGCUUUCGAGAAGGUCCUGUGGCGCCUGUUUCAUGGGAAUUUUGUCCUUCGACGUGCGGAAAUCCAGUUCCAAGAGGAUGAGCAUGUAACCACCUUCUUUACUUUUAACUUAAAGGGGGAUGCGGUCAAGAAAGAUAUCUUCAUCGUCUUCAUGCAGGGAGACCAGGUCAAAGGAAAGAUAAAGAAAAUCUGUGAAGGUUUUCAUGCCAAUUUGUACCCAUGCCCAAACACAGUGAAUGCACGAAAGGACAUGAGAACCAAUGUUAACACACGAAUCGAUGAUCUUCGACUGGUCCUGAAGAGGACAGAGGAGUACCAGGAGGCCCUCCUGACUGCUGCUGCAGCUAAUCUCCUCCAGUGGAGCAACACAGUGAAGAAAAUGAAAGCCAUUUAUUACACUCUCAAUCUCUGCAACAUUGACAUAACCCAGAAGCUUAUAGUUGCUGAGAUCUGGUGCCCAGUGUCUGACCUCAACAUUGUGCAUGGAGCAUUGAUCAAGGGAUCGGAGAAGAGUGGGUCCAGUCUGUGUCCAGUCCUGAACAGAAUACGCACCCAACAAACUCCCCCAACAUUCAACCGGAUUAAUAGCUUCACCUCUGGAUUUCAAAGCAUCAUUGAUGCUUAUGGCGUGGGCAACUAUCAGGAGAUCAACCCAGCUCCUUACAGCAUUGUGACAUUCCCUUUCCUGUUUGCCGUCAUGUUUGGGGACUGUGGCCAUGGACUGGUCAUGAUGCUCCUUGCUCUCUGGAUUAUCUUGCAAAAGGAGACGUUCAGAAAUAUGAAAAAUGAGCUCACCGAUGUGCUUGUCAGUGGGCGAUACAUUGUUCUGCUCAUGGGUGUCUUCUCCAUGUACACCGGCCUCAUCUACAAUGACUGCUUCUCCAAGUCCUUCAACCUCUUUGGCUCAGCCUGGAGUGUCAGUGCCAUGUUUGGCCCCAGUGGACCAUGGACAAAUGAGACACUGCAUGGUUCUGAACAUCUUCAGCUGGACCCAGUGAUUCCCGGGGUCUACUCAGGCGGUCCCUAUCCUUUUGGCAUUGAUCCGAUUUGGAAUAUUGCAACAAAUAAGCUGACGUUCUUGAACUCUUACAAGAUGAAGAUGUCAGUCAUUCUGGGAGUGGUCCACAUGUUCUUCGGAGUUACCCUGAGCCUGAUGAAUUACAUAUAUUUUCGGAACACCUGGAAUGUUCUGCUCAAGUUCCUUCCGGAGAUGGUCUUCAUGUUGGGCCUUUUUGGGUACCUGGUGUUUCUUAUCCUCUUCAAGUGGUGCGUGGUACUGAAGUCAGACACAGCCCCAAGCAUCCUGCUCCUCUUCAUCAACAUGAUGCUUUUUGCGUAUGACACCUCUGAUGGCACCUUACUCUACAGUGGACAGAAGAAGGUGCAGAUCUUCCUGGUGAUAACUGCCUUCCUCAUGGUACCCUGGCUGUUGCUUGCGAAGCCCCUACUUCUGUACAGAGGCCACAAGAAUGGGAAACAACAGGUAUGCAGUAAUUCUGGACAAAAUAUCCAGGGAGUUGUGGAGGACAAUGCUAUUCACUCAUCUAAUAGCAACAACAUGGAGAAAGUCAGCAUGGGAGACAUAUUUGUGUACCAGGCCAUACACACCAUUGAGUACUGCCUGGGGUGUAUCUCAAACACUGCCUCCUACCUGCGUCUAUGGGCCCUCAGCCUGGCACAUGCUGAGUUAUCAGAAGUGCUGUGGAAGAUGGUCCUUCAUGUUGCUCUAACAGUUGCCUCAGGUCUGGGCUCUGUCCUGGUGGCACUUAUAUUUGCUGCCUUUGCCAUCCUCACUGUUACUAUCCUCCUUGUCAUGGAGGGUCUGUCAGCCUUUCUCCAUGCCUUACGCCUGCACUGGGUGGAGUUCCAGAACAAGUUCUAUAAAGGGUCUGGAUACAAGUUCACACCCCUGUCCUUCAGCAGUCUUAUGAACAAGUAA